UUCUCCAUUGCAUUUUUGUUGUUUGACUUUCCAUGGCUGCCAAGGGUUUCUCCGACGCAUCUUCUUUUGGUUUCAAAUGGAACCAUGACGUCUUUCUAAGUUUCAAAGGGGAAGACACUCGGAAGAACUUCACGGAUCAUCUUUAUGCAGCUUUGGUGAGAGAUGGAAUGGUUACCUUCAGAGAUGACGAUAAACUUCCCAAGGGAAAAGACAUCUCCUCGGAGCUCCUCAAAGCAAUUGAAGAAUCAAAACUUUCUAUAGUGGUUUUCUCUAAAAACUAUGCUUCUUCCAGGUGGUGUCUUGAUGAGCUUGUCAAGAUUAUUGAGUGCAAAAACACAACAGGCCAGGUUGUUAUUCCAGUCUUCUAUGAUGUUGAUCCAUCUGAUGUCCGGAAACAGAUCGGAAGUUAUGAAGAAGCUUUUGCUAUACACGAAGAACAAUUUAAAGAUAAGAUGGAAAGGAUCAAAAAGUGGAGAGAAGCUCUUACAGAAGCUGGAAAUUUAUCCGGCUGGGACCUUCAAAAUAUGGCAAACGGGUAUGAAUCGAGAUUCAUCGAAAAAAUUGUCGAAGAUGUUAUCAAAAAAUUAAACCGUAAUAUUCAUAAUAGUUUGCACGUCACCAUUCACCCAGUAGCUCUAGAAUCACGUGUCAAAAGGGUGAUGAGAUUAUUAGAUAUUGGAUCUGAAGAAGUUCGCAUAGUGGGCAUCUAUGGAAUGAGCGGGAUAGGUAAGACCACCAUCGCAAAAGCUGUCUACAACAUGGUUUGUGAAGGAUUUGAAGGAUGCAGUUUCCUUUCAAAUAUUAAAGAUGACUGGCAGCAACCUAAUGGUCUUGCUAGGAUGCAAGAGCAGCUCCUUUCUGAUAUCUUGAAUUGGAAAAAAAUCAAGAUAGAUAAUAUUGACAAGGGUGUCAAUUUAAUGAAGGAGAGGCUUUGUUGUAGAAGAGUUUUUAUAGUUCUUGAUGACUUGGAUGAGUCAGCACAAUGGAGACCAUUAGUUGGUGAUCGUAAGUGGUUCGGUCGAGGAAGUAGGAUUCUUGUCACAACUAGAGAUGAACAUUUGCUCACUGAAUUAGAGGUGGACGAAAGAUAUAAGGUUGAGCAAUUAAAUCAUGAGAAAUCGAUUCAGCUUUUAAGUUGGUAUGCAUUUAAGAGGCCUGCUCCAAAGAAAGAUUACUUCGAACUUUCCAACAUCUUGGUGGAGUAUGCUCAGGGACUCCCCUUAGCUCUUGAAAUUUGGGGUUCUUAUUUGUUUAAAAGAAGCCUCCCAGAAUGGGAAAGUUUUGUGGAAAAAUUACAAAAGGUAGCUCACCAACAAAUUCAAAAGAAGCUCAGGAUAAGCUUUGACAAACUAGAUGAUCAUUUAUUGAAAGCCAUGUUUCUUGAUAUUGCAUGUUUUUAUAUUGGGAUGGAUAAAGAUUAUGUUAUGACAAUGUUAGAUGGUUGUGGAUUCUUUCCAAAAAUUGGUAUGAAAGUUCUUCUUGAAAGGUCUCUUAUAGCAAUUGACCCAGAUAAUCAUAAGCUACAAAUGCAUAACCUACUCCGGGAUAUGGGAAGAGAGAUUGUUUAUGAAGAAUCACCAUUUCACCCAGGAUAUCGUAGCAGGCUUUGGUUUCACCAGGAUGUGGUAGAUGUAUUAACGAAACACACGGUAAAAAGUUAAAUGCAUUUCGUAAAUAGAUCUA